AUAUAAACAAUUGUGAGAAAAAUCUGUGCCAAUCAUCACUAACGUGUAGACUGUAGUACUUUAUAUGACUAUCAUGCAAGCAAGUCUGUUUUAUUUAGACUUAAAUUUGUAAACUUUGAGUUGUCGGAGAAGAUGAGGCAGCAAGCCAGUCGUUAUGGAUCAGGAUCACUAGCCACACCUGAAAAUGGUUAUAAACGUAAAGCAUAUCUCGUCUAUGCUAGUACUUAUCCUAGUUGCGAGUGAAGGCAAACAGGAGAAACGGAAACAGCAGCGCGUGGAAAACACUUUGUGGAAAGCUGAGUACGAGAACGAAUUAAGUGAUGCUAUGCUAUCGCCUAAACGAGGAAAUAAUGUAACUCGAAGUCGAAUAGCCCAAUCGCCUGCGAUGUCGGACAAUGAGGCCGUUGUAGAAAAACUAAUGGAUACGAUCACCGCAAGCGAAAAAUAUUUGAAAAAAAUUGAGAGUAUAGAUUUCAGAUUAAAUAGGCUCGAUAUAGAAAUUCACGAGAAAACUAACAGCAUUUUGAAAUAUUUAACUGAAAUCAUUACAGCAAUUCAAAACCAAACUCCCUCGGAUAAGUUACAAAUGUUGGAUGUUAUGAAAUCUGACAUUGGCCAAAUUAGAUAUAUGGUUGAACAGCAAAGUUCUGCUAGCAAGUCUAAUGUGGUGGAUAAUUCAGAGUGUAAUUUGGAGGGAACGCUGGAUACACGCCUAUCUUUCCUAGAAAGUAACUUGAAAUCUGUUUUGACUAGCGUUGAAGGGAUAACUACAGUGAUUUCAGAAGUGAAAAAUCGUCAGCGAUCCCAAAAUUUGAAUAAGAAUGAUAACAAUGAGAUAAGUCAAAUUGGGAAAGGAAUUGAUGUUACGGCUUUAAUUAGUGAAUUUCGAAGAGCGAUACAAGAGCAAAAAGCAAGAAAAUGCGAUUGCAAGAUAGGUCGCGUAGAUCGAUCAGAGCGAUACCCAACUGAUUGUCAUGAAAUACAAGCCCAGGGUUUCAAUAUAACCGGGAUAUACAAAAUCAAGCCUGAAGACAUCGAACCCUUCUACGUGCUAUGUGAUCUCAGUUCUGCAGGCGGCGGGUGGACGGUGAUACAAAAUCGGUUCGAUGGUACCCAAGACUUUCUUAAGAACUGGGCGGAAUACAAACAUGGGUUUGGUAAUCUUGCGGGCGAAUUUUGGCUAGGUUUGGAGAAGGUGUAUUACCUUACUAACCAAAAGCUAUACGAAUUGAGGAUUGAGAUGGAAGGACAAAAAAGACAAGAGGCUUCUGCCAGUUAUUCGGUAUUCACUAUAGGACCGGAGUAUGAAGGUUAUAGAAUAAGUACGCUUGGAACAUUUCGUGGUAGCGCUGGCGAUUCUUUGUCAUAUCACGCUGGCCAAAAGUUUUCAACGUAUGACAUGGAUAAUGACGAGUGGAAGGAAGGGUCUUGUGCCGUCGAACACGGGGGUGCUUGGUGGUAUAAGGAAUGUGAUAAAAGUAAUUUGAACGGCAAAUAUGUGAAUUCAGCGGACGAAAGUAACGGCCAAUCAAUCUACUGGAUAUCGUUCAAAGGUCCGAAUUCUCCGCUUUACAAAACCAGGAUGAUGAUCCGACCUUUGCCGGCCAGUCGUCCAUUGGAUAGUACCGGGAAAGCACGGGCCUUACAAGACAAUUCAAAACGACCGAAGUCGGACAUGAAACCACGCAUCAAGGAUCCAAAGAUUCCGUACGACAUGGGACGCGUUCGCUCGCCUUACCGAUAUGACGACAACGUGCAGCCCGACGCAUUCUUUCCAAACUACGCGUGAUUCCUGAUUGAUAAAAUUAACUUACAGUUUUAAUAAAAUUCAUCAACAAUG